UGAAAAAGAAGGCCCUCCAUUAACAUAACAUCACCCAAAAUAAAAGCUUUGCUUGUGGAUGCCGCGUGAAUAACGGGUAUAUCACCAAAAAAAAAAAAGUCACAAACCCACCGACACUCGUAUAUAUUCACUCACCAUUCACCAUUCACCAUUCACCCAUACAAGCAAGUCAUAUCAUCUUGGCAAUUACACUAUCUUUCUUUGAAUUAAGAAAUGGAUCGGCGCUCAGCUUAUACUUCUGAGGAUUAUGAGGAAGAUGAAGGUCAGAAUCAGUAUCGCGAGAGAAAACCCACCACUGGGACCAGACACAAAGCUGCUGCCAAACCAGCUUACACUUCUGCUGAAGAUUAUGAAGAAGAAGAACAAGAACAGGAUCAAUAUCGCCAGAGAAAGCCCGCCACUGGGACCAGACCCAAAGCUGCUGCCAAACCAGCUUACACUUCUGCUGAAGAUUAUGAAGAAGAAGAACAAGACCAGGAUCAAUAUCGCCAGAGAAAGCCCGCCACUGGGACCAGACCCAAAGCUUCUUCGAGACCCUCCACAGCUUACGCUUCUGCUGAAGAAAACGAAGAUGAAGAGCGAGAUCAGGAGGAUCAAUAUCGCGAGAGAAAGCACACCACUGGGACCAAACCCAAAGCUGCGAAACCAUCAGCUUAUACUUCCGCUGAUGAUGAGGAAGAUGACGAGGAUCAAUAUGGCGGUAGAAAAGCUAGCAAUGUGACCAAAGCCAAACCUGGAAAGCCAUCCGCAGCUUACGGUUCUGCUGAAGAUUAUGAGGAGGAAGAUCAGGACCAAUACCGCGAGAAAAAAGCCGCCGCUGGGGCCAGAGGCUAUGGCCAUCCCGACAAGCAUGCAGCUGCGGCGAAACCGGCGAAACCAUCGACAGCUGAAGGUUAUGAGGACGAAGAAUAUCAGGAGGAUGAAUAUCGCGAGAGGAAAGCGCACACCGGGACGGCGACCGGGGCCCACCCGGACAAGCAUGCAUCUGGGCCGAAGCCAGCCAAAGGCGCGAAGCCAUCGACCAGCGAGCUGAUGUCCAGCGCCAAGAUUAUCGCCGGAGCAGCGAAAGGCGAGAAGGUGGACAAGGCCAAGGUCUGCGAUGCUGCGAGCAAUAUUCUAGACGCUGCCUCUUCCUACGGCGGGCUCAAUGAGAAAGAAGGCCUGGGCAGCUACGUCAGCAAGGCCGAGGAUAUGCUCCGUAAGUACGGCAGCGGCGGAAGCGGCGGAGGAAGCGGCGGCGAUACUGCGGGAAAGGAAAAAAAGCAGCAUGAAUCGGGUAGCGGUGAGCAUGAGACCAAGAAGAAACCCAGUAAAACUGAUGAGGAUGAGGGCGGAUCUGGUGGAUUUGGAGAUUAUUUUAAGAUGGCUCAGGGUUUCUUAAAGGGUUGAUUAAGAAAAAGUGAUUUGAUUAAUCACUAAUUAUGUUAUGUGGUCUUGAUUAUGUACUUAAGUUUUGGGCCUUGUUCUGCUGUUUUAAAGGCCCCCUGUUUGUUUUUCCUAUUUUUGGUGCAGUUUUUGUUUGUGCUGGCCUGGCCUGGACUUUUUAGUCUUGGGGCCUGCCUUCCUGUGUAAUGUGUUCGAUGUAUAAUGUACUGUUGAUUUCUAAUGUAGAUUAAUUUGCCA